AUGCCUUCUAGAUUAUACACGCACGUAUUGACAGUGGGUGCCAAUGCUAUUUCCGAGGUCGAUACUGCGUGGACUGAUUCACUCGAGCAAGGUAGAAGAGUAGAGAACGUCAUCUGGAAAGUCUGGCAGCGAGAGCAGCUCGUCGACGACGAGAAGCGACCCUACACCUCCGCUACGGCUCACACUUCGCCUCUGACACCCCCCUCGUGUCCCCAAGAUCUCCCACAGCUCUCUGGUAGCAUCGAUUCACUGUUUGGCGAAGAUGCCACCGAGUCUGUUUGCGAGUUUGCCCCUAUGGGAAUUCGUCCCAGAAUUCAUCGCCCCGACUCUACUAGCAGCCAUGGCAGGCGCAACCACCACAUCAUCCCUGACGACUUGAAAAAGAUUGUCGUUUCUAUUGUCAACGACACUGCUCCUCUCUCCGCACCCACCGCUACCUCCCCUCUUGCUCCCAAGAAGGAGACGGCUCCCAUCGCACCAGCCCCGACUGCGGCCGAGCCCACGACUAACAUAGCUACCAAAACGCGUGCGCUCAUGCCCUCUGAGCUUCCCGUUCACGACUCGUCUCCACAGCCCUCGCAGAUUGAGGUCACCAGUCCCGAAUCCGAGGCUGCUCCCGCCCAUCAAUCUGUCGCCCAGAAGAAGGCAGCGGCCAAGUUUGCUCUUGGUGGCUCCUGUUCUUCUAGUGAGCAGCGCAGCGAUUCUUCCGGGUCCGCUUCUACCAAGAGCGACAUCCAGCCCGCCAAGCCCGUCCUCGCCGAGAGUAUCGCAUCCACCAGCCGCAAAUCUCAGCCUGAGGCAGAUUGUGCUAUCGACUCAGAUACUGACGACGACUACGUUGGUAAGAGCGCCGUUGACGAUGACGACUCCUCUGAUUGGGAAGAUUCCACGGAAGAGAGUGGCAAAUCGAGCGUUGACGAGAAGUUUUUCCAGCGCAUCGAGCCCGAGGUGAACCUGAUUUCCCGCCCCUCGCUCAUCAGUCUCAUGUUCGAUAAUAAGCGCAUAACGCUCGGCGCCUCUCCCAACAAUUCCGAUGAGGGCCCGCUGAUGAUGAAGGACAUGCGUCCUGUCAGCGCCCAGCCCAUCAUUGCCCCUACCAACAAGCACCCUCAAGCAGGCCUGUCGCCGCGAACCACCCGCCGCAACAUGCUCGCUACCGAGCUUACCGAGUCUCUCCGCCGCCAUCUACUCUGGGAACGUCAGCAGAAGACGUCGACUGCAAACGCCGUCCUCAAGCGCCGCCAUACCUCUCACGACGUCGCCAAUCUGAAGCAGUUCCGAAGCCCUGUCUGA